GAAAAAGCGACGCCGGCCUCGGAUGCAGAAAUAGAGGGUUGGUCUCCCGCCGCUAAAAAUGGACGAACCAUAUAGCCCGCAGUACGUGGAGCUUUCAUACCAGCACUGGCUGGCCCCCUUUCUCGUUGCACAGCGCCGCAGAACGAUCCGCUUGCUUCCUCCAGAGAGAAAGAACAGCAUUUGGUGCAUGUGGAGGGGAGGAAGUGAGAAACGAAAAACACAUGUUUUGAUGGCGCGAUUAUUUAUAGACAUUGAUCACAGCCAAUGGGGACGAAAAUCCACCUCUGGCCAGCUGUUUUCGCUUCAUAUAUACCACUCAGAACAUAGCUGGAAAUACCGCGCAAGGGUUGCAAGUGGACUGUGCGCGGCUUGUAUCUGCACAUCACACCAGGGAUCGGCAACUGUCUACUGCCCUUCAAAACUAAACCGUGUAGCGCAGAGACUCCGCCGCUUCCAAUGGCCUUUUGGGAAUGCAUGUGCGGGUCUUUUACGCCUUUGGCACCCCUCCACUCGCAAUCGCCGGUCAAUCGCGUUGCGUUUGUUGCAUUGGCAAGGGGAGAUGGCUGAGUUGUGCUGGCGUAUCAAAUCACCCCGAUUUGCAGAUUACCUUGGUGCCGUGGGCUCGGGAACUUGUCAAACCCAGGGGUGCAUGUUUGCGUACACGAUGUCAGGCCCACUCCCCUCCUCUUCCCCGUCCCCAGAAUGAGGGAGCAGACGCCGCUAGAUUAGGGUGCUGCAUCCGGCCCUAACAGGUACGCCAGGGGCUAUUGGCUGUGGUGAUGGCAGGGGCCCACC